CUCUUCUUGCUUGCUAUUAAGCCCAACCUCCGCCUGAGCUGCGCCGCCGCCCCUCCCCAAACGCCCGCGCCUCUGUUUUCCCAACCAUCUGCUGCCUGCUGCCUGCUGCCUGCGCCGCCGCCCUCCCUCCCUCCCUCCCUCCCUCCCUCUCGCUCAGGUAAGUUGAAUCGAACAGGGCCCUCGGCGGGCGGCUGGUAUGGCAUCUCCCCCGCCUUUCGACAUUUGCGGCGAUCUCGACGACGAGCCGGCCACCGCCAUCCCCGCCGGUCGCCAUCACCCUGCCGCCGCCCCCACGCCCAACGGCCUCAACGACCACCUCCUCCGCCUCGCCCGCAGCCGCCAAGACCCUAACCCUAACCCCAAUCCGCCUCCAGGAACCCCCGCUGAAGAAGCCAGGAAGGUCAAGCUCGCCGACCGACGCCGCCUGUGCAAGCUCGCCACCCAGCAACCGGAGGAGGAGGAGCAGAAGCAGCAGGACGGCGGCGACAGCAUUCGCGACAUCCUGGACGAUCUCACCACCCGCCUCGACUCGCUGUCCGUCCACAAGACCAACCCUACCGCGAGGCCCAGAGAAGAGCAGUUCGCCCCCCUGCCGUGCGACAUCACCUCAGACCCAGAUGACCAGAGCGCCAAGGAUGGAGUGACCCAUGCCGGCACCUCCUCGCCCCUUCAGAUUUCUAGCUCUGAUGAAGCAGCUACAACCAUCACCAGGCGGGCUGAGGUCAAUCCAGAAACUACUUCAGUCGCCUCAGCCUUUACUGAUUAUUCAUGUGGUGAGGUCCCCCGUGGCAUUGGGAAGAGCAAAGGUACCAAGGAUGUGGGGAGGAUAGAUAGGGUAUCAAAGGCCUCAUCCUUCGUUGAUUCUGAUUCUGAUUACGACGACGGUGAUGAGGAGAAAGGAACAUCAACAGCUUAUGCUGCUAAGCAUGUCAGAAGGAAGGCAUUCACAAGGAGACAAACCAAGGCCUCAACAUUCAUGAACCAUGACUACAGCAGCGAUGACGUCCUGGGUCAGGAGAAGGAAAAUCAUGGAGUUGUGGAGAACGAUGCUGAGGAUGUUGGAUGGGAGAAGACGGAGGACUUCAAGAUGGAGCCAACUGGAACUGCUGCAACAUCCAAACCAUAUAAGCUCCCGGGAAGGAUAUUCAAGAUGCUUUACCCUCAUCAGCGGGAGGGCCUCCGAUGGCUCUGGGUUCUGCACUGCAAGGGAACUGGAGGGAUCCUAGGGGAUGACAUGGGCCUUGGCAAGACCAUGCAGGUUUCUGCAUUUCUGGCUGGAUUGUUUCAUUCUCGCCUAAUCAAGAGGGUGCUCAUUGUCGCUCCAAAGACACUUCUGGCUCAUUGGACCAAGGAGCUCUCAGUUGUUGGCCUUAAACAUAAGAUCAGAGACUACUCUGGCCCCAGCACAAAUAUUCGCAAUCAUGAGCUUCGGUAUGCCUUCAAGGAGGGUGGUGUCCUCCUAACAACGUAUGACAUUGUCCGGAACAAUUACAAGCUGAUAAGAGGCAAUUCCUACAACAAUGAUGACGACGAUGAGGAAGGAACAUUGUGGAAUUACGUCAUUCUUGAUGAGGGGCAUCUAAUAAAAAACAAUAAGACACAAAGGGCUCAAAGCUUGUUCGAAAUACCUUGUGCCCAUCGCAUUGUGAUCAGUGGGACACCUAUCCAAAAUAACUUGAAGGAAAUGUGGGCUCUGUUCAAUUUCUGUUGCCCGGAUGUCUUGGGUGAUAAACAACAGUUCAAAACAAGGUUUGAGAUGGCUAUCCUUCGAGGAAACGACAAGAAUGCUACCACUCGAGAGAAGCACAUAGGCUCAAAUGUAGCUAAGGAACUAAGAGAGCGGAUCAAGCCAUACUUUUUGCGACGCAUGAAAAGUGAAGUAUUCCUUGAUAGUGGUGCAUCAGAAGAAAAAACGUUAGCAAAGAAGAACGAGCUAAUUGUCUGGCUGAAGUUAACGGCUUGCCAGAGGAAGUUGUAUGAAGCUUUUCUAAAAAGUGAGUUGGUUCAUUUAGCUGUACAACCAAAGGGAUCACCACUGGCUGCAAUCACAAUAUUGAAGAAAAUAUGCGAUCACCCACUGCUAUUGACUAAGAAAGCUGCUGAAGGCGUCUUGGAAGGGAUGGAUGAAAUGCUGAAUGAUCAAGACAUAGGAAUGGUAGAAAAAAUGGCCAUGAACCUUGCAGAUAUGGCUCAUGAUGAUGAUGCACUGGAAGUUGGUCAGGAUGUCUCAUGCAAACUAUCAUUCAUCAUGUCCUUGUUGCGGAACCUUGUUAAAGAGGGGCAUCAUGUUUUAAUCUUUUCGCAGACCCGUAAAAUGUUGAACCUUAUUCAGGAAGCCAUAUUAUUAGAGGGCUACAAGUUUUUGCGCAUUGAUGGCACAACAAAGGUUUCUGAUCGGGAAAGGAUUGUGAAGGAUUUCCAAGAGGGUCCUGGAGCUCCAAUAUUUUUACUAACCACACAAGUUGGUGGACUUGGACUUACACUUACCAAGGCAGCACGCGUCAUAGUAGUUGAUCCUGCUUGGAACCCAAGUACAGACAAUCAAAGUGUAGAUCGUGCUUACCGGAUUGGCCAGACCAAAGAUGUGAUUGUAUACCGCUUGAUGACAUCUGCAACCAUUGAGGAAAAGAUCUACAAAUUACAGGUUUUCAAGGGGGCUCUGUUCAGAACAGCUACAGAACAAAAGGAGCAAACACGUUACUUCAGCAAGAGUGAGAUUCAAGAGCUUUUUAGUUUGCCACAACAAGGUUUUGAUGUUUCCCUCACGCAAAAGCAGUUGCAAGAAGAGCAUGGUCAACAAGUUGUUAUGGAUGAAUCCUUGAGGCAGCAUAUACAGUUUCUGGAGCAACAGGGAAUAGCCGGCGUGAGCCAUCACAGCCUCCUGUUCUCUAAAACAGCAACCCUGCCCACAUUGAGUGAGAGUGAUGCACUGGACAGCAAACCUCGAGGAAUGCCCAUGAUGCCUCAGCACUAUUACAAGGGAUCCUCGUCUGACUAUGUUGCCAGCGGGGCAGCUUUUGCAUUGAAGCCGAAAGAUGAAAAAUUCACUGCUCCAAGGUACUCCCCAAGCAACAGAAGUGCAGAGAGUCCUGAAGAGAUUAAGGCAAGAAUCGACCGGCUUUCACAGACUCUCUCCAAUGCGGCACUGGUGUCGAAGCUACCAGAUGGUGGGGAGAAGAUAAGGAGGCAGAUAAGUGAGCUGGAUGAGAAACUGACUUCUGCGGAGAAGGAGAAGAGGGAGAGGGAAAAGGGGGGCACGGAAGUGAUCUGCUUGGAUGAUCUGAGCGCAGAUAUGGAGAGCAUAGUGUUGUCGGUUUAGGCUGUCGAGUUUCUGAUGUUGAAAUAGUGUCUGUUUAAGCUGGCUGGCUACGAGGGGGGAGUGUGUUUUGAAGCAGGCAGCAGCUUAUUGUGGAAUGUUGUGUUGCUAAUUGCCACUUGCUAGACAAGACAAACCAUUUCAUUAGUCACUGGGUUGUGACUACCAUUUCAUUAGUCCUUUUGUUAUCCCCAAAACGCUGGCUGGCUUUAUUUGAACUAAUCUAGUAGGAAAUGGCAGCAAACGUCUGCUCUUUGCUGGAUCAUUA